CAAAACUGAAUAGAAAAACCAAAGCUAUACUCGUAUGAUGGCAAGCCAGAAGACUGUUGCUGCGGUAAUAUUUGUUGUAUGUAUGUUAUUAAUGACGACAAGAUUAGAUGCAAGUGUUCAAAUUGAUGAUGUUUCAUGUUCAGAGGCAAUUUCAUCUCUGUUGCCAUGUCUAGCUUUUUUAGAAGGUUCUCUUCCACCAACACCAUCUGUUGACUGUUGCACUGGAGUUACUAAUUUGUUCAAUAAGGCUAACACGACUCCUAUUAAGAGAAGUGUCUGCCAAUGUCUCAAAGAUGCUUCUACUAAAUUUGCAGUUAAACCAGACAGGGCUGCUCAACUUCCACAACUCUGUCACAUUCAAUUGUCAUUUCCAAUUAGUUCUUCUAUUGAUUGCACCAAGAUUCAAUGAUUCUACAUUAGGGUUAGGUUAGAUCGUGAAAAACUACGUGGAAGAGUUUUUAUUUUGUUUAUGGUAUUAGAAUCAAACUUAAGAUUAUAUCAAUAAACAAUGUCAAAAAGUUGAUUUAUUUUUAAUGAAAUUUAGAAAUGGUUUCACUGCUCAA